ACUGUCACUGAUCGCACGUGUAUUUUUGGGUGCAUUUUAAUUUGAUCAGUUUUGAGUGAGUUAAGUCAGUUAAAAGUUACAUUAACGUGCUGUUCAGUUCGCUAGAAUUAUUGUCCAUUCAAAAACAAUGCCUCCCGUCGUUAAAUCAUCCAGGGCGCCAAAGGCUAAGUCCCCCAAAAAGCCAGUGAUCUUAUCAGCCAAAAAUGCCGGCAAAGCGAUGAAAAAGCUGGAAGAACGGAACGAGAAAGGUAUCAUCUACGUUAAGCACCUGCCGCACGGAUUUUUCGAGAAUCAGCUGCGGUCAUUCUUUUCGCAGUUCGGCGACGUGACGCGCAUUCAUGUAGCUCGAUCGAAGAAAACUUUGCGAAGCCGAGGAUAUGCCUAUGUCGAGUUCCGUUACCGGGAGGUAGCGCAAAUCGCUGCCGAAACCAUGAACAACUAUCUUAUGUUUGGUAAAAUAUUAAAAACUGGAAUAUUGCCAGCAGGAAUGAAACGAAUUCCUCGGAAGUAUGAAAAAGCUUAUGAUGCGAAUGGAAAGGAGACGACCACAUACAAAAUAUGGUUGAAGCGAAUGGUGGCAAAAAGUAAUGGAUUGGUUACAAAAACGAAGGUCGUUGGUCGCAAUAACAGAGCUUUGGCGAAAUUGAAAAAGACGAAGCAAAAAUUUGCAGAAAUGGGAGUCGAUUAUGAUGUCACUGCUGUUAUUCCUACUUUCUCUAAAGCAGAUAUUACGAAGCCUGUGUCGGAUCCCGCUGAAGAACAAUCUAAGUCUAAGAAGAAAAAAUCUGCCGAACAGAAACAAGCAGAUAGUUUGGAAAAGUUUCUUAAGAAUGUAAAAGCUCAGGAAUCGGAAGAAGACUCUUCUGACGAAGAUCAAGAAACCUGUUUUGUGCCGUUGGAAAAUCACGACUGGGAUGUAGACGAAUCGGACAACGAUGAUGAAAAUAAGGAGCAAACUAAGAAAACAGAGACUAAGGCAGCCGCUUUGAAGCAAGCAACCAAAACGAAAGAUAUUUUCAGCAAGGAAAAAAGUAAGGCUUUGCAGAAGCUUUCGGCACCAGAGAAGAAGCCCGCUCAAAAGAAUACUUCACAGAAAGUUAAACAGCCAGCACCAGCGACUGCUUUGAAGUCCACCCCAAAGGCACAAGAUAAAGUUUCACAAAAGUCUAAACCAAGCGGCGGUCGUGUGACGAAAAAAUCGAAAGUUAAACCCAAUAAACAAAAAUCAAAGGAACAGACCAGCAACACUUUAAAAACAGCAGCAAAAGCGCUUCUGCAGGACGCGAGUGUAAAGAAAGUUAAAGCCAAGGACAUCAACAAAAAGAAAAGAAAGUGAAUGAACU